GUUCAAGAGGAAAGACAACAAAAUAUUGAUGGAAGUCUCAAUUAUGCUAUUCUUUUUCCCUCCAGUCAACAACCCAUAUGCUGCAAAUGCUGCCUCCUCAAGUUUUGGCCAAGGAAAGCUUCUGUGUUCUCACUGUGGUUCUAAGGAUUUCUCCAAUCCUAAACUAAUCAAUUUUGUGGAUUAUUCUCUCUCUGAUGCAGGUCCAAAACCUGAGUUUCCCCAGCAGCUAAUCUCAAUACCGCAAUCUCAGCUAGCUCUCUUACCAUCUUCAUCAACACCAUCUCCUCCAGUCUCAGUCGCACAAACAAGCCCCCUCUCUCCUACUCAGACUCCAUUUACUGGCAGCUUCUCUGGGAACUGUGAUUGGAAGGGGUAGCAGAAUUGGCAACUUAUACACACUCAAAUCUCUCUGCUAACUACAAUUCAGGUUCCUCGGAUUCACCUUGUAUAAACUCUAUUGUUGCUAUUGAUCUUUGGCAUAUGAGACUUGGACAUUUGUCUUUUCAUACACAAAAAUGCAUGUAUGAUGUUUAGUCUUUCUGAAAUAUAUCUCAUUCUAUUUGUGACAUUUGUCCAUUAGCCAAAUAGAAAUAUUAUCUUUCUUUCA